AUGGUCCACCAUCGUUCAGAGGCAUCCACAGGCUUGGUGAGUAAUCUGUCUGAUUCAAAUAUAAGUUUAAGACGGACAUUAGAUCUUAUGGAAGAAAAUGGUGAAAAUUUAAACAUUGAGGAAACUCCAAGUCUGAAUACUGGCAAAAUAAGACUUGUUACACGGGUGUUGCAUAUUGAAUAUAUAAAAAUCGUUAUUCGACCUUUACGUUACACCAAGUUUUCUAAAGAUCACUGUAUGUCGACAUUCAAAUUUUACCAUAAUGUUCUGUGUACAUUCACCCGAAAAUAUGCUAAAAAAGGAAAAGCAACCAAAGGGGUUGCCGCUGUCGCUAAAAUACGUGAAAUUAAUGUGGAGACAGACCCAGAGAAAAUUGUAAACUGCUGCUGUAUUAAUUAUAGGAUAGGUGAACAACCUAUUCCACUAAAGCCAGAUAAUGAGUAUCCGGAUUGGCUCUGGAAAUUACGGACAGAGAGAGGUCCUAUCCCUCUUAAUGAGGUUGAUAAAAAUUCCUACUAUUAUUGGAGACGAAUUAGAAAAAUGAACCGUAACCUUUUCAAUAAUUUGGCUUCCGUGGAUGGGUGGCAUAGAAAGGAUCACCGGUCGUUUGAAAACCAUGCCCUUCGGUUUUAUGGUGACUUGUACUUAGCUGUUAGUGAGUGGUCUAAUUCAAAAAAACUACUUGAAAAUAAAAAUUGA